AUGACUGGAAAAACCUUCACAGACAUUCAUGAAGAACUUGCCUAUUACAAAGCACACGCAAAGAAUCUCGAGCUAGAACUAGAAGACACACGGGCUUCACUGGAAGAGUUUCAACUAACAUCACGAGAACUUGAAGAAGACUUGGAAAGAGAACUCGACUCGGUAGAAAAGCGAUGCAGAGAUCUGAGAGCCAAGAAUGAAUCUUUAAAGAACGAAAUUGACGAAUGGAAGCAAAAAUUCUAUCAAUCAAAACAAGAAUCUAAUGUUAAUCAAACACAAAUGCAAAGAGAACUCGACUCUUUACGAGCUUUACGAGAUAAAUACGCAGAAACGACAAGGAACCUUGAGCUUGAAAAUGACGACUUGGAGCGAACAGAAAGAGCAUCACGAACAACACUACAAGAUCUUGAGUUAAAAUAUAACAAAGCAAUUGAACGAGGCGCAUUGCUCGAGGAAGAACUUGAAGGCAAAGCACAAUUAAUUGUGCAAGUUCAGCGACUAAAGGAUGAUCUUCGAGACGCAAACAUAGAACUUGCAGUUCUCAAAAACAAACAAGAUGGCGACCUUGGUCCGCCAUCCACACCAGCAGUACAAAGACAUUAUUCACGACCACCGUCAGCUAUGAGUAUAGACUCUUCUUCUGGCGUGGCAACAGCGAAUCCGGUUAGGAUGGUACAAGAGAUGGUUGGCCGAGUUAAGUCUCUCGAAGCCCGCCUUGUCUCCUGCCGCUCGCUGGUAACACCUCUUCUAGCACCACCCCCUUCUUACUCGACGACAGUUCCCUACCCUGCAUCUCCUUCUCCACCACUGAUAACUAAAGAUAUGUUUAGGACUAAAUCAGUUCGAAGGGUACGCGGGUAA